CGCCGAGACGGCCUGUCCUCCUUUGGAGUUCCUCGUGAUGCGACGGGGGAUCUUCACAAGAGCGCUGAUGAUCUGUAGAAUGUAGAGCGGCUGUUUGAAGUCAUGCGCGCGGUAGGUAGCUUACGCAUAAGUGUCUGUACUACUGACGUUAGUACACCACAUGGGCAGGUUGGGAAAACACCCGUAGGAGAGAACCCAUCUAGACUUCAUGUCUCCACUAUCGCAAUCGCAGUUGCAACCCCACCUUCCAUACUGGUCGCCCAUGCAAACAGACAACAUGUGGUCUCUUCAAGGGCUAGUUUUCGACAAACGCCGUGCCGGCACCUUAUCACUUCGCCCUGCUUAAAAGCUUCAUUAUCCUUAAGGCCUCACCCUUUUCAAAGCUCACCCGUAGCAAGUCUUGAAGAAUGUCAAAGUCAGCUGUCGUGUUUGGCGCCUCCGGCGUGACAGGAUGGUCCUUCGUCAACGAGAUCCUCUCCGACUAUCCCGAGAAGAACAUAUGGAAGCGGGUUCAUGGUCUCAACAACCGACCCCUCGCCCCGAACCAAACGCAAUGGCCAGAGGACCCGCGCCUAAAUCUGGUCUCUGGCAUUGACCUACUCGCACAUAGCCAAGAAAGUCUCAACAAGGAGCUGGUAGAGAAGAUACCAGACAUCGGGGAGGUGACGCACGUAUACUACUUUGCGUACAAGGCGGGUAUGGAUGUACAAAAGGAGUUGGACGAGGCUGUAGAGAUGUUUUCCAAAGCCGUUACAGCUAUGGAUAAGCUCUGCUCGAAGUUGGAAUACGUCGUGUUGCAAAUCGGCUCGAAGAUCUAUGGCUGCCACCUCCUCGCUGCGCUUCCCUGGUUCGACGAAGUCGCUCCUCCAGGCACCACCGGGCCCAAACUUCCUCCACCGCCGCUCAAAGAAUCUUACCCUCGUAUACCCAGCCCGUACGCCGAGAUGCUCUUCUACCACGCACAGAACGACUGGAUCGCCAAUUACGCGAAAGACAAGAAAUGGAGCUGGAUCGAGACUCGCCCCGACCUCAUAAUUGGCUACGUACCCAACCAGAACUUCUACUCGCUGGGUACAUCCAUGGGCAUCUAUCUGAGCCUCUACAAAGAAAUCCAUGGCGAGGGUGCCGAGUGUCCAUUCCCCGGCAACCAGGGAGUCUGGAAAGCGCUGAGCAACGACAGCAGCAGCGACAUGAUUGCGCGCCAGACCAUACACCUCACACUCUCUCCCACUACCAAGAAGGGAGAGGCCUACAACGUCGCCGACUCCAAGACACCUUCGAACUGGGAGCAGAAAUGGCCAAUUUUGUGUUCCUACUUUGGCCUCAAAGCCACUGGGCCCGGAGCCGCUCCCGUUGAUGUGCGCAAGUUUAUCAACGACAACAUGGAGACAUGGCUGGCAAUGGAGAAGAAGUAUGGGCUGCAACAUGGCCACGUAGACGGUGGCCGUGGACUUCAGAUUGCCGAAUCGAUGCUCAUGACCAAGUUUGACUUUGAUCGUCACUUUGAUAUGACCAAGAUGUACUCAACAGGCUUCACCGAGGAGAGGGGUACGAAGGAGACUUGGGGAACUGUCUUUGACAGGAUGAGGAAUGCCAAGAUCAUCCCGUAGAUAUUGGAUGGGGCAUGACAUGCGAUCACCGACAAUAACAUGAAACACCUAGAAUUCUUGGAUGCAUUACCAUAGCCUGUCGUACUAUGUC